UCCCAGAGCAGCAUCAAACAUGGGCAAGAUCAUCUUCUACGAGGACAGGAACUUCCAGGGGCGCUCGUACGAGUGCAGCAGCGACUGCCCCGAGCUCACUCCCUACCUGAGCCGCUGCAACUCCUGCAGGGUGGAAAGUGGCUGCUUCAUGGUCUACGACCAUCCCAACUUCAUGGGCAACCAGUACUUUGUGAGGAGGGGCGAGUACUCCGACUACCAGCGCAUGGGCAUGAGCGAGUCAAUCAGAUCCUGUCGUCUAGUUCCUCAGCACAGAGGUGCUUACAAGAUGCGGAUCUACGAGAGGGAGAACUUCGGUGGGCAGAUGCACGAGUUGAUGGAGGACUGCGACUCUCUCCAGGACCGCUUCCACAUGUCCGACAUGCAGUCCUGCAACGUGAUGGACGGCCACUGGCUCAUGUAUGAGCAGCCCCACUACAGAGGCAAGAUGAUGUACCUGAGGCCCGGAGAGUACAGAAACUGGAGAGACAUGGGCAUGGGCAUGAACAGGGUCAGCUCCAUGAGACGCAUCAUGGACUCCUGUUAGAGUGCGGCUUAGAGCACGUGAUGUCUGAGGUUCACAGCUCAGUGGUUCACAACUGAAUAAAGUCACUAGUUUCAUCCCAUGCUUGACUGCUUUUGUCUUUUUU